CUUGAGGGGCGAUGACUCAUCAUGCUUUGUGUUAUAAGCUAUGGUUAUAAGCAAGUGAAUCGCUAACGAAGUAGGAUAACUCAGUCAAGCUGCAGCUUCAGGAUGAAAACCUUAGUAGUGUUCGACUUCGAUCACACUAUAGUGGAUGACAACAGCGACACAUGGGUGAUCCGCUCCGCUCCUGAGCAGACGUUACCGGACUGGCUGAAGAAGUACUACCAGAGAGGCCGCUGGACCGAGUACAUGUCUCGAGUCUUGACCUACAUCGGUGACCAGUCCGUGCGGCCGGAGCACAUGCGCGCGGUGAUGGAGAGCAUCCCGUUCACCGACGGCAUGAUCGAGCUCCUGACCUUCAUAUCUGACAACAAGAAAGACAUCGACUGCAUCAUAAUCUCCGAUUCCAACAGCAUCUUCAUAGACUGGGUUUUGCAUGCAUCAGGGUUGAAGUCUGCUGUGGAUGACGUCUUCACCAACCCUGCCAGCAUCGAUGCGCGCGGCUACAUGACCGUGCGCUGCUUCCACGCGCAUGACUGCGAGCACUGUCCUCUAAACCUGUGCAAGAGGCGGGUGCUGCAUGAUUUCAAAGAGAAGCAAGCUAAGGCUGGUGUGCAUUACGAGAGGAUUUGCUAUAUAGGAGAUGGAGGAAAUGACUUUUGCCCCAUUAAAGAAUUGAAAGAAGGGGAUAUUGCAAUGCCUAGGAAAGGAUUCACCCUUGAGAAACUGUUGUGCAAAGCCCUUUCAGAGGGUUCAGAAUCACUCCCGGCGAAAAUCAUGCCCUGGGCUAGUGGCAAUGAAAUCUUCAGGGAACUAAGAGCUCUGAUUGAGUAAUGAAGUAUUGUAGCCAGUAUUGAAACUACAGUCUCACUGAACUAAAUGAAUAGCACGUUUAUUCUGCAGUAAAUGCAUUAUGUGCAUCCUACUAUAGCUCAUUUCCCCCUUUGACUACUUGAUAAACUAAUUUGGGCAUGGUGUAAUAUCUGUCACAAUUAAGUUUACGUUUUGGUAGCGGUGCACAUUUUAAAAUUAAAUUUUUAGCAGAUUUACAUCUAAUUGUCAUUGAGAUUUAAAUCAUAAAAUAAGCUCACUGUUUGGAUUUAUAUAACAAAUAAUUUAACAGUUUGAUGUGCUUAAUAUUGAAUUCAUUGAGGUUUGCUGCAGAACGUUAAAAUGAACAAAUGUAAAUGUGUUAACAUGCUAGCUAAAUAUUUAUUCCAAAAUAUGCAUGAUGAAAAAUACUACGCCAAUAAAUACAAUUAUGGUCAUGAAUUAAUGCAGCCUGAAUGGGACACUGCGGUUUGGUAUGACUAUGAAAUGAAAAUAGUUUAAUAUUUCAAUGCAGAAGAAAAAAAAAUGGAUCAUA